AUGGGCGUCGCCCCGCGGGACCAGCCGAUGUCGCGGCAGGCGAUUGUCAACCGCAUCGCCGACGGCCAGGCGAUUGUCAUAUUCGAAGACUGCGUGCUGCGGUUGGACAGCUGGCUCGAGAAGCACCCGGGCGGAAAGCUGGCGAUCCAGCACAUGGUCGGACGUGAUGCGACGGAUGAGAUGAAAAUCUCUCACUCAGCGCCCGUGGUGAGGGGCAUGAAAGCCUACCGGAUCGGCCGGGUAGCCGUGGGGCUGCCCUGGCACAACCUCACGCCGCCCAUCCGCGGCGGCGUCUACACAAAGGUGCCCGAGUCCGUUAACUCCGACGCCCAAGACACCGACGUCGAUCUCGACAUCGAGACCUUGUCGUCGUCGGCCUCGUCGUCCGACGAUCUCGACAGCGACGUCGUCGAUGGCGAUGUCACCGACCAGAGCUCCGUCACCACAGACUGUAACGACUCUGUCGAUGGUGACUUGAAAGCCACAAGGCCAACCACUCUCCGCCGUCGCAAUGUUGGCAACGCAGCGGCUGUAUUGUCGUCGCCUGGCUCCACAAACAAGAUCAACCUCACUCGCAACGAGUAUGCCGACCUCCUCAUCGAAAAGGAGGCCGACGAUAGCAGAAACGCUUACCCGUCAGCCGACCCGGUCACUCAGUCUGAAAUUGUUGCCAAGUACCGGGCACUGCACCAGCGUGUCAUCGACGAGGGCUUCUACGACUGCCACUACAGCGCGUACCUCAUCGAGCUGUCCCGGUACACGACCCUGUUUGCCUUGUCGAUGACUGCACUUUACCAUGAGUGGUACAUAACCUCUGCGGCGUUCCUGGGCUUGUUCUGGCACCAAAUCAUGUUUACUGCGCACGAUGCGGGCCACUGCGCCAUCACCCACCACUUUGAGACUGAUGCGCUCAUCGGUCUCUUCAUUGCCGACUUCUGCUGCGGCCUGUCCCUGGGAUGGUGGAAAUCCUCACACACAAUCCACCACCUCAUCACAAACGACACCGAAAGCGACCCAGAUAUCCAAAACGUGCCGCUGUUUGCCAACUGCCCGAGCUUCUUCAAGUCGCUCCCCUCGACCUACUACGAGGGCUUCGUGCAGACCUGGGACAAGGUUGCCGACAUCCUGGUGCCGUACCAGAAGUACACCUACUAUCCGGUCCUCGCCCUCGCCCGGUUCAACCUGUUCUUCCUCUCGUGGCUGCACGUCAUCUCGAGCCGCUCGGGGGCGCUGCGCAAGGGCAAGGCCUGGUGGAUCCGCCCGACGGAGGUGCUCUUCAUGUCGUGCUACUGGUUCCUCUAUGGCUACUGCCUCGUGUGGCGGACCCUGCCCAACUGGCCCAUCCGUGUGGCGUUUGUGCUCGUGUCGCAUGUCGUCACGUUGCCGCUGCACGUCCAGAUUACGCUGUCCCACUGGGGCAUGCCGACCUCCAACAUUGGCGAGUCCGAGUCCUUCCCCCAGCGCCAGCUGCGCACGACCAUGGACGUCGACUGCCCGGCCUGGCUCGACUGGAUCCACGGCGGGCUGCAGUUCCAGGCGGUGCACCACCUGUUCCCCCGCGUUCCCAGGCACAACCUGCGCAGGCUGCAGGCGCUCGUCCGCGAGUUCUCCGACGACACGGGCAUCAAGUACUCGAUACACGGCUUCGUCGACGGCAACAAGGUGGUCCUGGGCAGGCUCGAGGAGGUCGCCAAGCAGGUCGAGACGCUGCUCAAGUGCUCGAACCACCUCGCCGAGACUGGCGACAUGGAUCUCCACUAGAAGGCCGGGCCGUGGUUGUGAGGGCAACACAUGGUUUCCACUGUUCUGGAUCGUGCAACUCGAACCUGGUAUCCUUGAAGGCGGCGAAGGGGGGAAAAAACACACCAGCCUGGUUUUUUGCGUUUCAUAUGUAUUUUCAAGACUACAAGUAGACAGCGUCUCUCUGUUCAUAUUUCCUAUUUCCUGGGGGCGAAAGAGAUAAUAUAAGCUUUAUCUCCUCAUUCUGCACGGCCUUUACCACUGUCUUGGCAUAAUCUCCGCAUGUCCACCUAUGAACAAAACCUGGUUGUUCUUUCACUGGCAUAGCUCUCGGUGAAAAAUUGCUCUCCACU